AUGUCUAUUGUUAAUAAAAUUAUGUUCUGGAAGUCUUCCAAAAAAGAGGAAUCCAAGAAAGCUACUCAAAACGCUUCUACUCAAAAAACUGCCAAGAAAGCCACGCAAACUAAACCAGAAAUGCCAUCUACUAUGAAAGCCGUUGUCAUUGAAGAAUCUAAACCAGUUGUCAAGUCUGACAUCCCAGUUCCAGAACUUGAAGAAGGUUUCGCUUUAAUCAAGGUUCUUGCCGUUGCUGGUAACCCAACUGACUGGAAACAUAUUGCCUACAAAAUUGGUCCACAAGGUGCUAUUUUGGGUUGUGAUGCUGCCGGUGAAAUUGUCAAGUUAGGUGCCGGUGUCGAUACUGAAAAGUUCAAAGUUGGUGACAAGGUUUACGGUUUCAUUCACGGUGCUUCUGUUAAACACCCAGAAAACGGUGCCUUCGCUGAAUACGCUGCUAUUGAUACCAAGAUCUGUUACAGACCUGCCAAGGACAUUUCUUUGGCCAAGAAGGACUUACCAGCUGGCCCAGUCACCACCUUGGAAGGUGCUGUCUCCUUCCCAGUCUCUUUAACCACUGCCGGUUUAGCUUUAACUAACACUUUCAAAGUUAAAUUGCAAUGGGAACCUGCUGAAGCUCAAUUGAAAACUGACCUAUUAAUCUGGGGUGGUGCUACUGCUUUAGGUCAGCCAUUGAUCCAAUUGGCUAAGAAAUUAAACGCCUUCAACAACAUCGUUGUCGUUGCAUCCAAGAAGCAUGAAGAACAAUUAAAGGCUUAUGGUGCCACUGAAGUUUUUGACUACCACGAUGAAGACGUUAUCUCUCAAAUUACUACCAAAUAUCCAAAUGUUACCAAAUUAGUCGAUGCCGUUUCCAACAAAGAAACCAUCAACCAAUUAUACCAAUGUGCCUCCAAGACCGAAGAAUCUACUUUAUUACAAUUAGUCACUUUAAGCAUUGACGAUAUCGAGGAAGCUAACAGAAGAGACAACGUUAAAAUUGUUGGCUUCUUAUUAUACAGUGCCACUGGUAAGGAAGUUCCAUUCCUACACAUGGUCAUCCCACCAUUACCAGACUUCAGAAAGGAUGCUAUUGAAUUUAUUGAAUUCAUUAAUGAGAAGAUUAACAACGGUGAAAUUCACCAUAUCCCAAUUAAGGUCUUCCAAAAAGGUCUAGAAGAUGUCCCAGGAAUGUUGGCCGAUAUCGAAGCAGGUAAGAAUUCUGGUGAAAAAUACGUUGCUGUAUUAUAA